AUGAAACGGACUUCUGGAUCUAGAUACGGACUUCAAGAUCAAGAUUACGAACUUCUGAAUCUAGAUUUUGAUCUUAGAAUUAAGAUUCGGACUUCUGAAUCUAGAUUUGGAUCGAAAGAACUAGAUUUUGAUGUUACAAUAAAGAUUCGGACUUCUGAAUCUAGAUUUGGAUCAAAAGAACUAGAUUUUGAUCUUAGAAUUAAGAUUCGGACUUCUGAAUCUAGUUUUGGAGCUAAAGAACUAGAUUUUGAUGUUACAAUUAAGAUUCGGACUUCUGAAUCUAGUUUUGGAUCGAAAGAACUAGAUUUUGAUCUUACAAUUAAGAUUCGGGCUUCUGAAUCUAGUUUUGGAGCUAAAGAACUAGAUUUUGAUCUUACAAUUAAGAUUCGGACUUCUGAAUCUAGAUCUGGAUCGAAAGAACUAGAUUUUGAACUUACAAUUAAGAUUCGGACUUCUGAAUCUAGUUUUGGAGCUGAAUAA